GCUUCAUCCCUCUCGUGUCUGGCCAGCGACAUGCGAUAGCAGCUCACUGCCCAUAGUUCCGGACUACUAACAUACUAACCCAGCUACAAGACCAGUAGGAUUGACUAGAUCUCGUUUCUCCUCUCAUCGACGCUAUAUUGGAAUACAAUUGAGUCAGCAAUGACUUCAUUUUCGCGUUCCGUGACACGAUCCGUGGCUCCUGCAACGCCCUCGACUCCAGUAGGCCAGACAGUCGCGAAGCCUAAGCCGACCCCGGGCGCCUGGAGACACCCGCAAUUCGACGAGAUCACAAGACGGCAGCAUGCAAGGACCUUUUCGGAGCAGAACGCGACGGCGGCUCUCGUCAACACGGUCUACCUUGUCAGCACAUUCAUAAUACCGUCAUUUGCUUCGGGAUGGAGGAUAUUCUCCCCGAUCUUCCACCUCACGAGAUCCAUGUCCCCAUACGACUUUUAUGUCAUGCUAGCCGUGCGGCUAGUGCUUCUCUACAGCAUUGGUAUCCAGUUCUGGCCGCUGUUCAAGCCAAAGGAUGACCUUUCCGACAUCCCUCUCACCCCCUCUCAACGCGCAGCCAUGGGCCUAGAUCCAAACAUUCGGACUCCUCAGACGCCAGACUCAUCAUACGUCACACCGCCACGCUACUCGCGUUCUACACCGCGAAGCAGUAUGAGCAACAACAGCGGGCGAAAGCUAAGCCAGUCUCCGCUUUCAGGAAGCCCAAUAUCCGGCAGCCCCGUUGGCCGAUCGAAUUCGCCAUUCUCACCAUCGAGUCCGUUGCUACAUAAGGCUGUUGGCGGUGGAGCUCAGAGACGGCUGUUUGGGACCGGUCAGUCGCCCCUGUCGACCAGUUAUUUCGGAGAAUCUAGCGCAUCCAACACGCCAGGCACGCCCACACCAGCACCAGCGCCUUCAAAAGCAUCUGUAGGACUUAACAACAAGUGGUUAUACGACAAGGGAAGGGGCAGUCCGGGCAGGAGUCUCUUCGCUUGAUGGGCGGGUUUCAUGAGUUUGGAGCCAGACGGCAUGUAGGUAAAGGCGCGGCGCAUACGGAGAAUCGUUGCAAGGGUUACGCGUUCAAUACCCAACUUCAGUUCAUGCGAGCAUGGCUUCUCUAAGGGAAGAUACAGGUGUAAAUUCUCCCGGCGUGGCACGCGAAAUACAAAUGAAACAGCUUCAACCAUUU